GUCUUGGCUCCCUGAACCGUGAGAACGGUCUUUUUACUGUUAAUUGUCUAUCACGUGAAUUGUCCAGUGACACCUUGAAGUGAGUGAUACAGUGAGUUUAUCGAUUUUAAUCGCGUUUACUGUGGUGGAGAUUCGAUCGGAGACGUCAGGAUGUCGUACUAUGGGGACAGUAUGUCUUAUUACUACGGGGGAGGAGCGUUCGCCAAUCACAGCUCGCUGAUGACAGGCACCGGAAGGGUCUACACGCCCCACCGUUUCGCCCCGCACCUCUCGACAAUCUCGGAGUCCCCCCUGAGUAACUACCGUCGUUACGCCCCAGUGAUCCUCCCCUCCCGCCCAAAAAGAAUAAUCGACACAGCGGACAUCGACGUGUCAACCCCGCGGACCCUCCACGCGGACCACUCACGCCCGGGGAACCGUCUUCGCCGAGACCGCCCGACCAUCAGGAUUCGCUCGCAAGCCCUGAAGGACAACCCGACCCUGCGAGAGCACAACGAGCGCCACGAGAAGACCGUCGGAGAGCUCCUCCGGGAGAAGUUCUUCAUAAAAGACAAGAAGCCCCCCGAGGAUGCCCCCAAAAUCCGUCAGCUCGCGCACGAACCCCUGGAGGACCCAUCAGAAGCGCCGCAGGGCAAGCUCACCAGGAGGAUGACGCGUCGUCGCUCAUCAGCGGACAUUCAGAUGGACCCGGGCCAACUGGAGCGAGAGCUUGCAAUCGCCCAAGUGCAGGCGGAAGUGCUGGACAAUCUAGUCGCCGAGGAGCAGGCGGAGAUUGAAGUCGAAGUGCGGAGAGGAACUCUCCUCCACAAGAAUCAGCUGCGAUCGGCUGCAGUCGGCAAAUCCGAGUCGGAAGCCGACAAGUCUGACGACACCAAGAAGAAGAUCCCGAAGAAGAUCAAGAAGAAGAAAAAGGGAACGGACAAGCCAUCGCCGCCGUCAUCGGCGCCGUCAACCCCUGGUGAAGAUGGAAAAGACCCGGCGAAGGGGUUCAAGAUCGAGGCCUGUAACAGCGUCGGCGACUUCUCCACGAUUGUAGUCAACGCCAAGGACAAGCAGAAGGAGAUCGAACUCAGGGAGAGCGUCAGAUUGCCUCCACCGAAAGCAGCACGUAAGAUGGAAGAGGAAGAAGUCGUUGUUCUACCCAUCAAGAAGCCGUACAUUCUCGACAAUUCACGCAACAGCGUGUACUUGACCCUGAGGCAACAAAUUGCAAAGUCAUCGGGGCCGAGGGACGAUGAGGGGGCCACCAAUCAGCGUUCAUUACGAUCGAAAAUGGAUCGUAUUAAGAAAGAGAGUGAUUCAAAACCUGCCAAUAUCCGGGCUAAAGAUACAUUUAAGAGUGAUACAGAGGUCGGAGGAGUGAUCAAUGUUAUUGAUGAAGAGACUAGUGCUGCGAGGUGUGAGAUCACUUCUGAUGCGAAGCUGUUGAUGAAAGCAUCGGAGGAAUUGUCGAGAGUUGGUGGAGAGAGUUCGCAGGGUGUGAUUGAUGAGAGUGCAGUGGAAGAGACUCGAAAAAGUUUGACUCGUGAUUUUGGGAAAGAUGUUUGUGAGGAUAUGGCAAUUACGAGUGAAGAUUGUGGUGAGGGAGGGAGCCUGUGGGAAUUGCGUGGGGCAGGUAGCGGAAAUUCCCAGGUAAUCGAUCAGGGAUCGGUGAGUGGGGGAUCUCCUGUGGGCAAAGGGGGAGAUCCGGACAUUCUGCGAAAAAAGGAAGAUGAGGUGAUGGGGGACGCUUGCAGUGAGUUAAAAAUAUCAGACGGGAAGAGUCAAAUCGCAGCUGGUCGGACUGACAUCUUGGAGAAAAAUAAACCAUUGAGUAAGCUGAAGUCUUCUGUAAGUGAAAGCAGAAUUUCGGAUUCCAAAUUUGAUGGGUUGAGGAAGGAGAAACUGAAUAAGUCGAAGUCCUUGUCUGUUGAAUCGAAGGCUUCGGCAGUUGAGAAAGAAACUUCUUUAGAAUGUAAGAAACCUUCUGACGGAAACAAAAUAGCUAUCAAGCAGGAAACACUUGUAGAGAAAUCAAAAUCGUUCUCCAUUGAGAGUGCAGUCUCCUUGGUUCCUAAAGUUAAGAUGAUUGAGACGACCAAAAUUCUUGAUGAAUCUAAAUUUCCAGUUGUGAAAGAAAUUUCGUCUGAAGACAAGAAGCUUGUGAAUGAAUCCCAACCAUUGUUAAUUGAGAAUGAAAUUCCCUCGAUUCUCAAGCCCGAAGAAAGCCUUAUCGAAAAGAGCGAAAAUAUUAUUGACGACCUGAAAUCUUCAGAGGACAUAAAACCCUCUAACGAAAGCAACCCUUCACCCCUAGAGAAGGAACUUCCCCCAGAAUCCAAAAUAGAAAUCAGAGAGAAGGAACCUCUUGAGAAGUCAAAACCACUCCAACUCAAGGAAGAAUCCACUCCUAUUAAAGAGGAAACCCCGGAAAACUUCAAGCCCCUCAGCAAAUCGAAAUCCUUCACCGAUAGUGCCCUGCCCUCGUUAUCCCCUCCAGACCCCCCAAAGCUCAAACCAAAACCCAAAAUGACCAAAUCAAAGUUCCUCUCCACAGACAGUGGAAUAGGUUCCCUAGAGCUUGACCUACAUCACCCAGAGAAGAAGACAAAAAAGAAGCUCCAGAACUCGAAAGGUUCUUCCUUCGAGUGCGACGAGGACCCGAAACCAAAGCUAAAACGUUCGGAAAAGCCAAAAAUACCGCCAGUGAAAAAACUAAAGAAGAAACUGACAAGUGCAAAGUCCCUCCCCCUGCCGCUGCUGAACGAUCCUCCAAAGGACAUAAUCCUGACCCGAGUGUCUCCCACCGAGGAAAACCCCCCAAAAGGACCCUUCAAAUCCUUAAGAUCCUUCCCCCUCGCAAAAUCCGAGCCCAAACCCCUGCCCCCACUCAAAGAAGACGAAAAAACCGAUGAGAUAGACUUCUGGUCGGAGAUUCGCAGUUCAUCACCUCCGAAAAUAGACCCCCCAAAACUGUCAUUAAAGCCUCAAUUACCCGACGAAAUAAUAAGAGAUGAAGUUAAACCAAACACUAGUGAAAUUAUCCAAGAUGCAAUAACGAAAGAAGUCAAACUCCCGGAAGCUAUUUUUGACAACUUGAGUUCAGAGAACUCGUUGUCGAGCGAAAGCAAUUGUGAAACAGCGGAAACUACGGGAAUGGAGGUAUUAUUAUCCCCGGUGAGUGAAACACAAUCUGAAGUGCCUGGAGAUGAUGUGAAAUCGGUGGAAAAAGGAGCUGUCAUGGAAGUUGGAUCGACUGGGGUUGUGGAAACAAGCGAUGUUGAGACGACAGCAAGAGAUGAGGACAGGAAGCUUCUGUUAGAUGUGUCCGGCGGAAGUGAUGGACCUGCAGAACAGGUACCUGAGGAAGGUUCAGAGCCUUCGACGCCUGUUGUGGAAGUCCCUCCUUUGUUGACGAGUGUUGAACCUAUUCCUGAAGUACCUGAAGCUCCUGAAGAUGAGGACGAAGACGACAGUCCAGUGACCCCAACUAACGAGGACGCGAGUGGGGGUCUAUCAAAAUGGGACAAAACAACAGACCUCACGACGUUGAAUGGCAAAAAUGUCCCCUCCAGUGAUGCUGGAAAUGAGGUCGCAACGCCCAAAGUAUCGAAGAAGAAACUCAGCAGACGGAAAAAGUCUGGCAGUGAGGACACGAUCGUAAGGAGAGUGCCGGAGAAAAUCACAAGUUCGACGGAGGUUUCUAAGGUCUGUCAGUUCCCGAAGAAGAACUUGAAGACGAGCCCUCCUAAACCUGCGAAGCGACCCAUUGAUCUCAACAAGAUGUUCUAUACAACGCCCUCGUCAUUGCUGACGGCUACCCCGAGGGAUCUGGCGAAGGUCAAACGGGUCAAAGUUAAGAAGGAGAAGCAUCCGGUGAGGACACCCUCCGCCAGCAGUGACAGCACCGGAAGCACCAGGAGCAGCCAGGACACGACCAGCUCCAGGAGCAAUUCUACGGAGGUGGAGGAUGAGAAUGGGCAGAAGAGGAUCUCAUCCACCAGGAGCAAUGACUCCGGAUUCGACGGAUCGCCGAGAUUAUCUACGCCUUCACAAUCGUCCGACAAUCAGAGGAACUCAGACAGUUCGGAUCAUGUUCAUGGAAGCGGCAGAAUCACUCCACCGGCUACUAAUCUACCGAGGUUUAAGAAAUAUACUGUUGAAGACUUCCAUUUCCUCAAAGUGCUCGGAAAAGGAAGUUUCGGAAAAGUCCUCCUAGCAGAGCUGCGUGGCACCGACUGCGUGUACGCAGUGAAAUGCCUGAAGAAGGACGUUGUCCUGGAGGACGACGACGUGGAAUGCACCCUGAUCGAACGAAAAGUCCUGACCCUCGCCACGCGGCAUCCCUACCUCUGUCACCUCUUCUGCACCUUCCAGACGGACUCGCAUCUCUUCUUCGUCAUGGAGUACCUCAACGGGGGUGACUUGAUGUUCCACAUACAGAAGUCCGGACGAUUCCCCGAGUUCCGGGCGAGGUUCUACGCCGGGGAGAUCUGGUCUGGACUGAACUUCCUUCAUAAAAAGGGGAUUGUCUACAGGGAUCUCAAGCUGGACAAUGUUCUACUGGAUUUCGAGGGUCACAUACGAAUCGCUGACUUUGGAAUGUGCAAAUUACAGAUCUUCUUGGACAGAACUGCUGAUACUUUCUGUGGGACCCCGGAUUAUAUGGCUCCAGAGAUAAUCAAAGGUCUCAAGUACAACCAGGCUGUCGACUGGUGGUCGUUCGGCGUCCUCCUCUACGAAAUGUUGACCGGACAGUCGCCGUUCUCCGGCUGCGACGAGGACGAACUCUUCUGGAGUAUUUGCAACGAACGACCAUUCAUCCCCAGAUAUCUUUCGCAGGAAGCCAUGGACGUGCUUGUUGCUCUCUUGGAGAAGGACGCGGGGAAGAGGCCCAUGGGUCACGAAAUUCAGGCCCAUGCUUUCUUCCACUCACUCUCCUGGGACAGACUAGAACGAAGAUUACUGGACCCCCCAUUCAAGCCAGCCCUGGAGCACACCCUGGACACCCGUUACUUCGACACAGCUUUCACAGCUGAGAAGCCUCGUCUGACCCCCGUACCUGAGCAAAUCCUCACAUCAAUGGAUCAGGGUGUCUUCAGAGGAUUCUCCUACACGAAUCCCAACGCCACGGACUGAAAAAGGGGAAUCCCCUCAAUCCCGGGAGUCAAACAAACCACGUGCUGUGAUUGGAAGCGUCCGUUUCCCCGUGAAAAUGAACGCUAACUGGGACAAUUCGAUGGAGACAUCCUCCCAUCGUCAGUCCUCAGCUGCUGAAUAUUUUUUAGAACCUCAUUGUAAAUUAAAAACCACGAGAAACCACUGAGACAACGUUUUUAGUCUCUCGUUUGCAGAUUUUACGAUCAUUUUAAUAUUUUUAAUUAAUGGAGAUACGGUGUUAUUUCAUUCCACACAACCCACACAUCAAUCUACAUCUUAUGAAUAUUCUCACCGAUGAUUUAACGAUUUUUUAAUAAAAAAUAUGGAAUACGCAUAAGACUGUAUUUUUGAAUUGAGUCGUCGUGGAAGGAGAAUCUGAUGAAUCUUAAUUUUUUUUCUAUUAGAAAUGUUGAUGAUGGCUAGAGGCAAAAAUGAAGAUUCAUGGAAUUGUAUGUAAUAAAGAUUUAUCUAGUUGUUUAAUAGCUGUAGAUUUUUUUUUCAUUAAUUGUAAGAGAAUUGCAAAUUUUUCGAUUAAAAGAAGGUGUUUGGUGGUACGUGAACUCCGUGAA